AUGCACAACUUUGCCCGUCCGGCACAUCACAAAGUGGAGGUGGAUGUCUUUAUCACCGGCAUCCGUGAUUCUGAAGCUGCAGCUUGUCUAGCGCAGCAUGUCUUCAAUGCGGCAGAGGCAGCUGUGAAGGAGCGCGGUGGCGGUUGUCCGAUUGCUUUCCGCGCGCUGGCAUCCAAGCGGCCUGCGAAAUCUGCGCCGCGCCAUGAGAAGGAUACCUACGCACCCUACCGAGAUGGCUCUGCUGGGUUUCCUCAAGCCGCCGAUCGAUCCCUAAUGUUCUGGGAAGAUCUGCCAGAGGAGGCGCGGCAAGCUGACCUAGUUGGUGUCAUCGCACAGUUCUUCAACUUCGAGGACCUCCUCGACUUUAUUGUGCCCAAGCGUGGAGGCAUCCUCAUCUUUCAGAGUGGGUUCAACACGCGCAUCCCGCUCCAUGCGGAGGAGCUCGUUUGGGACGCACUGUGGGACAAGGUGCGCAGGGCCGGUGCCAAAGUUGCCUUUAUCAGCAACGGAUUCAGCUUUGACAAGGCGACCGGCAAGUCUGGCGUGAUCCCACCGGAUGGGGAAGUCAUGAAGAAGCUGGAGCGUUUAGCUCCACACAAAUGUGAGAACUGGCAAGAGAAGCAUUGGCAAAAGAAGCAUUUGCGGGACAAACUGAGGAAUCACUUGCGCGAGGCGGGGCUCCGAGAGGCGCUCGUCUUCUCCGUAGAUCAGAUGGCAAAGUGGCUGAUGCAGGCUCGGAGGGCAUAG